AUGCAGUAUCGCUCGCCCAAGCAAUGCCGCGAGCGGUUCCAUCAGAACCUCAAGCCGUCUCUCAACCACACCCCAAUCUCAGCCGAGGAGGGGCUUAUGAUCGAGCGUAUGGUCACGGAGAUGGGCAAGCGCUGGGCAGAGAUUGCUCGUCGACUGGGUAAUCGCAGCGACAAUGCCGUCAAGAACUGGUGGAACGGUAGCAUGAACCGCAAGCGAAGAGGCCUGGUGGUGCAGACAUCAUCUCGCACUUGCAAUGGCCGAAUCGAGGCCCCUUACCCACGAGCCAGCGACCACCAGCGACGAUCCUCAUGGUCGAUGGUUAAGACACAGGCUGAAAGGAGCCCCGUCCCCGUCUCCCACCUGAUUCACAACCGACCUAGCUCUUCUCACGACCAUCACACCCGUCAUUUGGCCCCGGUUCUCACAUAUAGCACUCGACAUGUUGAACCUUCCAUGACCUCGCCCGCCUUCUCAGAAGUGUCUACGCUUGAACCCCCUUCUCUUGUAUCUGACCACAACUCUGUCUCCUCCGCUUCGCCAAGAACGCUGCCGUCCCCCCAGAUGCUGUCUCUUCCCGUUGAUAUGCGUCACGGAUACGUGGAGCGUCGUUGUAGCGUGCCAACCUCCUUUCUGCAACAAGGUGUUUCCUCAAGAGAGGAAGCUUAUGCUCCAUCUGACCGUGAAGUCAGCACCCAUCGAAAAUGGGAGACCGAUUACCAGUCAUACAAGCCUUCGGGCCAUCACUACUCCAACUCUGUCCCCGAGGCAGUAGAGCCUCAGAUCGAGCGUCGAGAUUCGCGGAUGGGUCUGCAAUCACUAUUAAAUUAA